UCUUCACCCCGACGUCAUGUUUUUCAGCGAUGAUGGAGGAGUCGAAGCUGACGCGUUUCCAGAGGCGAUACCUGAUGGACUGCGUGGAACGAGGAGAUACCCUGCCCCUCCAGUGCCACCCCACAUCCAGCAAAGAGCCAGUGCCAGCUUUCUCCUUGCCAGUUUGUCAGCCGAGCAGGCUUUCAGCUAAACCGCAUCUCCGACCUGCCAAGGCCUGCCAGGCAGGCGAUGCCUACACCCGAGAGAAAUUCAAGCCACGGGCAAGGCGAGAUUUGGAAAAGGAGAAGCAAAGGCUCCAAAACAUCUUAGCGACAGGGAAGGAUGUGGUGGAGCGCAAGGUGAAGCAGACGCUGGUUCAGACAAAGGAAGAGGAGAUACCUGAGCCUGACCGGUUUGAAGAAUUGGUGAAUGAAGUUCAGGAGAGGAAGGAGUUCCUGGCAGAGAUGGAAGCUUUAGGACAGGGCAAGAAGUAUCGAAGGAUUGUCCUCACUGAAAUCUCACAGAAAAUGCGCGAGAUGGAGAUCAUUGACAAGAAGAGAAGUAAGGAAAUAAGAGAAAUCAUGACAAAAGACAUCCCUGGUGGGAACAAAUCUGAUCCCUGUGACUAGGCCAAGGGAAAAAACACAAGCGCAGUUUGUUCCCACCUCUUCUUCCCAGACUCUCGGCAUCAGAGUCUCAAGGGCUGGUCUGUGCCUGUGCCCAAAGAGGGGGCGGUACCACCUGUUGCCCAAAGCCAGAAGGCAGGAGCAAUUUGUACAUAACCGGUAACAGAAGAAAGCGGUUGUAAAAUCCUACCCACGCACCGGAUCCCUUCUUGCUCAACGAUAUUAAAGAGAUGAAAACACACAGCAGCGGCUGGCCCAACAUGACAAAGCAGAGCCUCCUUCUGCCAGUGCAACACCUCGGAGUACAGCAACCUACUGACAAAAUCGUCAUUCCUUUCCACCCACCCAGAGGUGGUUUCUCAUGAUGAUAAUGCGUGUGUUGCCACCCACAUCUACGACCCGCUCCUGUCCCCCUGACUCCGGGGAAUGACUGCGCAGGCAGGCAGCGGGGAGGAAGAUGCAGCCGCGUGGCCUUGCGCAAACACGAGCCUCCGGCAUUGCUGCAGGUCAGCACGAUUGUGUGCAUCAGCAAACUUCUUGGCAGCAGCUGAGCUGGGCAGGCACUCAGGAGGGAGAGGGGAUUUCAGCCCAGCACACGCUGCUCUGCCCUUCGGGCUGGCUGUGGUUUUUUGGUUCCUGAAAGCAUGGUAUGCAGAAAAGCCACUGGUCUCCCACAGAGCCGGGAAAUGGCUGUUUGCUCACCUCAUACAUAAACCCACCUCUGUCCUCCAGCAGGCUGAAGCACGAUGCCUAUUCCUGCAUAAAGCCCAGCAUAAAGCCCAGCUCCCAGU